GGAUCAAUGGGGCUGCCUGGACGUGAUGGCCGUAAUGGGCAGCCUGGACUUGUUGGGCCUAGAGGAUUUCCUGGACCUAAAGUAUUUUUUGUUCUAUUUUUGAAUUUGUGUUCCUUUCUUUCUAAAGGGAGAUCAAGUAGUCCAAUACUCAGAGGAUAAUAAACAAAAACAAUAUCG